CUGUCUUCAUCCACUUGACUCCUAGCACCCGCCCACACGUGGCCAACCUUCGGCGUUUUUAAUGUAUUUUUUUCCCCCUCCUCUCUGCAGGUUCAUAUGUGGAGACCGACCUUAUAUGGACUGCUCUCUCCAGCAAUGGCUUGUUUUUCCCAAGCAGCAGGCAGCGGAUCCGUGUGUUUAAACGAGACCCUGAAGUAAAACGCACUUUGGCAUUUUUCCUGGAGUUACAAACUAUUUCAGAAGCCAGUUGCCACUGGUGCUCCGUGAUUUUUUUCCCCUCCGCAACAGAGCAAGGCUGUAAAUAUCUAUCUAUAUCGCAGCUGAUUUUUCCUCGCUCCCCCCUCACCAGCCUUCGUGAUUUUUUAAAUUCUCCCCCCCCCCACAUACACACACCCUCCCCUCUUUCUGGGGUGUGUGCGGUUUGUGGGGUGUGUGUGUUUUGUGCAACAGCGGAUUGACAAACUGGUGCUUCAACUUUCCUGCAUAAAUUUGGUCAGAAUAUGUCUUUGACCAACACAAAGACGGGGUUUUCUGUAAAGGACAUCCUAGACCUCCCUGACACCAAUGAUGAAGAGGGAUCCCUCGUUGAAGGAGCGGAUGAAGAGAACGAGGGGUCGGAGCCACCCAAGAAAUCCGGAGUUCUGGGGCAAAACCCACUGGAGGGGGUUCAAACUCUGCCUCUGAAAAACCCUUUCUAUGAUACCAGUGACAAUCCCUACACGCGAUGGCUGGCCAGCACGGAAAGCAUCCAGUAUUCCUUGCACGGGCUGGCCUCUGGCAACUCCCAGCAGGACUCCUCCAGCAAAUCCCCCGACCCCUCGGCCGACGAGUCCCCGGACAACGACAAGGAACCGUCCAGCGCCGGCGACUCCGGCAAGAAGCGGAAGCGGAGGGUGCUCUUCUCCAAGGCGCAGACCUACGAGCUGGAGAGGCGGUUCCGACAGCAGCGGUACCUGUCGGCCCCCGAGCGGGAGCACCUGGCCAGCCUCAUCCGCCUCACGCCCACCCAGGUGAAGAUCUGGUUCCAGAACCACCGCUACAAGAUGAAGCGGGCCCGGGCUGAGAAAGGUAUGGAAGUGACGCCUCUCCCCUCCCCACGCCGGGUAGCGGUGCCCGUCUUAGUCAGGGACGGCAAACCCUGCCACACGCUGAAAGCUCAGGACUUAGCCGCCGCCACUUUCCAGGCUGGGAUCCCCUUCUCCGCCUAUAGCGCCCAAUCGCUUCAGCAUAUGCAAUAUAACGCCCCGUACAGCUCCGCCAGCAACCCCCAGUACCCUACAGCGCAUCAUUUGGUGCAGGCCCAACAAUGGACUUGGUGAACAUUGCCGAGAAAAGAGACUGCGGCUCCAAAAUCAAACCUCGGGGGGGGAUAUGAAUAUUAAUUAUUAUUAUUAAUGAUGAUGCAUUUUCCCCCUCCUAUUUUUCCUCCUUUUGGGGGGUUCAAUUUGUUUCUUUUUUGAGGGGGGGGUAUUUUUUGUGCGCCAUGUUUACAGAAAUUUUUGCGCCAUGCAGUGGUCCUAUCUACCUACAACUAAAAAUAAAAUUAACACUAGGAAUAAGACUACAUCAGUAUGCUUUUGUGAUUGCGUAAGGUACUGUUGUGUGCUGUACAGCCGUUGUCAGUCGUAUAUAAAACAAGCGGAGGACGCUUUAAAAAUAGAGAAUUUGCUUUCCCUUUUUUAUAUGAAACUUUACCUAUUUAUGGCCAUGUAUAAAUUCUGACAACUAUUAGCGAUAUCUAUUUUUUUGUAAAUAUUUGUGGUUAUUGUUGCCAUGCCUAACAUUCAGGGCGGUGUAUUUUAUUUUAUUUUAUUCUUUUGGUUGGGUGCAAAUCUUUCCCCCAAUAUUAAACAAGCAAACAAAAUGUAGAAGGAAAAGAAAUGUUGCGAUCAUCUCCACAGAAAUCUCCAGCUAAUCCUUGUGUAUAAACCCGGGGGGGGGGGCGCUGCGGGGAGGUUU